AUGCCUGCGGGUCUUCAGGACAAGUGCCGCGGCCUCUCCUCCCACUCUGAGAAGUGCAUCUUUGUCGGCUACGCAGAGGACUACAAGGCCUGGCUCUUCUACAACCUAGACACCCGCAAGCAAAUAAUCUCUACCACUGCUAUUUUCAAUGAGCAGUACUUCCCCGAAGUGUGUUCUACCGCCAGCUGGGACUCUGCUGCCUCCCACUUCCUCCUUCACACCCUACCUUUGCUGUACGGUGCUCCUUACUCUCCUCCUGACGCACCUGCACUGGUUCCGGGGGGAGAUAUGGCACCACCACCACUUCAGGAUGCCCAGGACAUCUCUGAACUGGGGGGAGAUCUGGAACCGCCCCAUGUGCCGCCUGUUGCUCCUCCCAGAGUCGAGACACCUCCGCCAUCUCCUUGGGCUUUGUCCUCACCUCUCACUGGUUCUGCCUCGCCUGAGGCCUCCCCAUCGCCUGUCCCUCACUCUGCAGCACGGUCACCGGACCAGGAGUGCCCUCCUACACCUCCUGAAUGCCCUCCGACUCCUCCUCUGGCCCUCAUACGCGAGCGCUGUGCACCCAAGCCCGAGCCCACUCCGGCCGUUGAGAGCAGUGAGGACAAGGACGACACCUCCUCCGAGGAUCCCCUGGCUGCUGCUGAGCCGGAAGACACCAUGCUGGUGCUAGCUGGUCUCGACACCGUCUACACCGCUCCUUUGUUGCCAGACGACCUCUCCUUCCCUCAGAGCAUCAAGGCCGCCUUCCAGACUUGUGCACUGAAGGCUGAGGUGCAGGGCAACGAGCCUAGGUCUUUCCGCGGGGCCAUGAAGCAUCCUGACUCGGAUCUCUGGUACAAGGCCACCAUGGAGGAGAUUGAGGCCCACAUCAUCAAUGGGACCUGGGAGUUGGUCCAGCUGCCUCCCGGACGCAAUGCCAUCGGUUCCUGUUGGGUGUUCAAGGUCAAGGAUGGGCCGAUCUCCCGGGGAAUAUAUUCUCUCAAAGAAUCUACCGUUCCAGCUCUUGCACCAGUGAAAGGGACUUUGUUGAUGAUCGGCCUCAAAGCAUUGGUUGCAGGACAUUGGGUAUUGGAAGCAGUCACAGCAUUGAGUGUUAGCUACCGCGCCUGGGCAGUUGCAUCAGCAUGGCGACAAUAUGCAGCCGUUUGA